AGCUUUGUUAUCGCGAUGAACAAGAGAUCCUUUUGAUAAAAAUGUAAUUUCAAAAAUCGGGGAUAUCAUAAUAAAUUUUGAAUUAAGUGUGUAUAUUUACAUUUACAGUUAUAUUUUGGAUAUUAGCGGACUUAAUUGUCAAUCAUGUUUCGUUACAUCAGGCCUAUUAAACUUAUUAACUUGUUUAUUUGUUUCUUAGUAUUUUUGUGUUGUUUUCAUUAUCUAUCAGCUAAUGCUUGUGAUUUCGACGUGAAAUUGAAGCAAGUCCUCAAGAAUCAAGGGUUUCACAGGAAUAUAACUUACGGCAUAGUGUUCAAUAGUGAUGAGGACCAGUGCUGGUUGUACAAGGACUGUGUUAUCGGGCUGGACCAGACAUUACCGCAUGGAGUGUACGCCAAUCCUGAUGAGUUGAGCACUCUGAGGCGGAUGAGGAAGCUGAAUGCAGUACCCAAGAACCGUAUCAACACAGAGCUGCCAGCUGAGCACUCGUACCCCACCACCACUUAUAUUACGGAGAGAAUCAAAGACUGUAAGGUGUAUCUGUGGCUGCCGGUACAUGCUCGUUACCAUUUAGCUACGCCUGGUGGAGGCAUGGCCAGAAACACCAUAGGCCCUCCGAAGCUAUACCUGCGCUGUCCAGAUGAGCGGCUGGAGAUGUGCAACAAGGAUGCAGCCCGAGUCAACUUCCUCUGCAACGGCAGCUCUAAGGAAAAGUGUAGCUGGAAAGAGCUGCCUUAUACUCUGCUAACAGACACGCUAGUGUGGCCGAUCCCCAUAGGCAACAUGGAGCACUUGCACGCGAUAUCAAUCGGCACGGCGGUGGUGGUCGCCGUCGGCUCGCUGUACCUCAUCAAGGCGAUACACGAACACAAGCUCGUUACUAUGGCUUUCAACCCUUAUGGAGCGAGACAUGAUUAGUGUCAUCCUCCAUCCUCCGAGCCUUUUUCCCAACUAUGUUGGGGUCGGCUUCCAGUGUAACCGGAUGUAGCUGAGUACCAGUGCUUUACAAGGAGCGACUGCUCUAUCUGACCCCUCAACCCAGUUACCCGGGCAACAUAUGAUUAGUGUACUUUUAGUAAAAUUUUUGUAAAGUGAAUAUUUAUGGUAUGUUGUCUUUUGUUAAAGUUAUUAAAAUUAUUUACAAUGUGUUAAUUAAUAGUGAGUGAGUUGACUAUUUUACAAGAGCAAGGGAUGGUUUAAAGUUUAAAGAAAUCGAACGAUUUUUUUUUACUGACAUUUAAUGCUUAAAAAUAUAAAUAAAUAAUAAAUAAAUCUUUAUUAGUACCUCAAAUUACAAGUUACAAAAAUAACAGUGAAACCACAGUAGGCACAUAUUGCCCCCUUUUAAAAUCAGGCUAUAUUUAACUGUCCUUAUUUUAGGACUGUAAUCUGGAUAAUUUGACAUGACCCCUAAUUUUUAAGAUAUUUAUUUUUACUGGCUUGUAUGUAAUAUGCUGUAAUGUGAGUGUGUGGUGUUAAUAAAUGAAAAACUGAACAAUGAAGACUGAUAUAGUAGCCAUUAGAAGCUCUAUACUGUACAUCGUAAAGUGGUGAGUAAGGUAUUGCUAGAUUUACUUUAAAAUUGCUCAUCAAAAAUUAGUAUUUCUUGUCUGACCUUUGUGAAAUUGACGUUAAGGAUAAUAAUUAAGUGAAAACAUCAGUUUUUGAAUUGAGUUAACAACAGUUUUUAAAUGAAAAUAAUGUCAACGAAGUUAUUGGGGGGAAAUAUAGGUAUUUUAAUUUUUAUACCUUUUUUUAUGAAUGAUGCUUUUACAUUUAUGACAUUCCUCUUUAAAUAUUAAUAUUAAUUUAAAUACUUGAUCAAAACAAUGAAAAUAUAAAAGUACCUGUUAUCAAAAGAACAUGACAGUAUUAUCAAUCUAGAUGAAGCCGAUGUAAAUGCGAAAAAUAACAUGUAUGUACUUACUAAGUAUGUUUUAUGCUUAAAGGUCUUUUGCCAUAAAGUGUUGAAUUUAUGUAUUUAAAAAAAAAUAUCUAAAUAGACUCCGAAUGAUAAUUAAAUGAAAUUAUUCAUUUCCACGCAUCCCACAAUUUUAUAUUGUUUAUAUUCAUAUUGACCUACUUACAUAUCAAAAUUCAUCAUACAUUCCGAUAAUGGCUAUAAAAUAUAUAGUUAAUGUAUUGAACAUUUAAUAAUCGUCUAGUCACAUUAAAUUACAUGUUGUAAGCUGUAAUAGAUAUAUCUUAUCCAAAAUAAAUAAUGUUGUUAAUAAA